AUGUAUAAGCGCUCAAGCCCCCGAAUCCUCCCUCAUCCUCUUCAUCUCACCCAAAACCCUCUCUUUACUCCAACCCUCAUUCAGCCCCCUCACCAGCAAAUCCUGUUCACUCGCCGGCGCCGCACCCUCCGCAUCAGGCACCCUUCUAUCCAAAUCCGUAGGAAACGGAUACCCCUCCGCCACAUUCCCCACCAACGCCUUAACACCCGCACUCAACCCUUCCUUCUCAAACAUCUCCCGCAUCCCUCCCCAUGCCUUCUCGACAACCACAAGCGUAUCGAUCGUCUCCAUCGGCUUCCCAAACGCCGACGAUAUCUGCAGAAGAUGUGCGCACCGCAUAAUGGAUUCAGAUUCGUUGCGUCCAGCAGCGUGGAACAGCGCGGGGUUAAAGAACAUGCCAUCGCCGAUGUCCAAAGGCAACGCUACAUAAUUCUCUUCAAAGAAGGCUUUGAAUUCAGGGAGACGUGCCCUCGGGAACUGUCCACACGCCGCUGCAGAUUGGAAGCCGAGAUGGUAGUCUCGAUGCGGGAUCUGGGGGUCUGCGCCCGGUUUGACGAGAUUGACUUGCGCGGUUAGACGGUGUGCGGGGCCUAGCCAGGAGGAUGCGAUGAGUGGGAGGUAAGGGUUUGAGUAGUAUUUUAGGAACGAGGGAGGGUCUGUGGUGCAGUGUUUCUGGAAAGAGUUCCAGAUGCGGUCGUUUGCGCCUUUGCUGGCAAAGUGGUCACCGCGAGAGGUUUGGGUUUCUUUUUCGGACGCGAUGAUUUUGUU